UUUUUUUUUUUGACUACUUUUACGAACUUUAAAUUGUAAGCUGAAGCUGUUUUGUGGGAUAUGAAAUGAAAACCAUGUUUUGAAUUCUGUUCUUUUGUUAGCUUUUGCUUUGACAACCCUAUUAAUAUUCCUCCAAGUUAAUAUCAAUGGCGACCUCUAAUUCCGGUGCUGUUAGCCUGAAACUCCUGAUUGAUAGAAAGAAUCAAAAGGUUCUCUUUGCUGAAGCCGGUAAGGAUUUUGUGGAUUUUCUUUUCACUCUUCUCUCUUUGCCUGUUGGUACUGUCAUUAGGCUUCUCUCCAAGGGUGAGAUGGUUGGUAGCUUUGGUAAACCGUAUGAGAGGGUUGAAAACCUUGAUGAUACAUAUAUGCAACCCGAACUAAACAAGGAUAUCGUGCUUCAACCCAGGGCACUAGUUACUGGACCUAAUAUCCUCAAGUUGGCCAACAACGUUGAAUCAAGUGCUCCAAAGGUGCUCUACUUGUGUCCUGCAUUUUAUGACGGAACCCAGGCCCACCCGUACGUAACUGAAAAUCCCAACGAGGAAUGUCCAUCGUGUACACGCACCAUGGACCUCCAAACUACUUAUGUCGGUCAGCCGACUACAACGGCAGGAACUUCUGGUGCCGUCGCUACUGGAUAUGUGAAAGGCGUUGUGACAUACAUGAUAAUGGAUGAUCUGGAGGUGAAGCCCAUGUCCACCAUUUCAAGCAUCACUAUGCUCAACAGGUUGAAUAUCAAGGAUGUUGAGGCUCUUGAAGAGAAGGUUGUUGAACUUGCCAUGGAUAAGGGUGUGGAGCUGUUGAAGGAGUCUUUGUUGUCCAAAUCGAUCCUCACAAAUGUCUUCCUUGGGAAGAAAACUGGGAUUGGCAUUGAUAUCUUGGAGCAACUACUACAUAAAGGAAAUACAACUUUCUCUUCUGGGAGCUGUGCACUCGGUUCUUCUACCCCCUCUUCUGAAGCCAACCCUAGCAGCUCCAGUAAUGCUACAAGUACUAUAUUCAGUAGCGGGUGGAAACCUGCUAUAUCUUCUAAAUUUGCUUCCACAUUAAACUCUACAUCUUUCUCACAUGCGUUUCAAUUCGAUACAUCCUCAGCCUCUGCUGCAACCAACACUACAUCUACUUCAUUUGGAGCAUCCUUGAUUUCUGCUACUACUUCUAACAGUGCAGCCACAAUAUUUGGAAUGCCCUCCGCUUCUGCUCCUACGUCCAACAGUUUGCCUACUUUGUUUGGAGCAUCCACAGUUUCUUCUCCAAGUACCAACAACGCAUCGGUGUUUGGAUUGUCCAAUGGUGCAUCAUCAACCGGCAUGUUCCCCUUUACAUCAUCUACAACUACUACUACCCCAUCACAGCCUGCAUUUGGUAACUCCAACUCUAUAUUUGGCUUCCCUACAGCUCCCUCGGGUAAUAAUGAUCAAAUGAAUAUGGAAGACAGCAUGGCUGCACCUCCGCCUACAGUUGCAGUCUUUGGUCAACAGCCUUCCUCAACCACGCAGUUUACACCAACAUUCCUAGUGUUUGGCCAGCAGCCUGUGUCAACCCCACAAGCCCCCUUUGUAUUUGGAGGUUCCUCCAAUGGCUUCCAGUUUCAGAGCCAACCAAACCAAUCCAACUCACAGAACCCUCCACCAUUUCAGGGUUCCAAUAGUUUAGCCAACUUGCAAAACCCUGCACCAUUUCAAUAUAGCCUAGGUUUGACCUCCAAUAGCUUCUCAUUGGGUGCCGCUGAUAAGUCUAAUAGAAGUAUUGUGAGGGUUAAUCACGGCAAGAAUAGGAAGAAGUAAUUGGAUCGGUUUACUAAUGAGGGCAUAACUGCCCUUGUCAGGUUACAGAUAUCAGAUACAUUUUUUUCCCUUUUUCUUUUCAUUAUCUUAGGUGAAAAUUUUCGUGGUUACCAUGAAGGCGUAAGUUCACAUUUUAUACAGGUUUGUAUAUGCUUUUUUUUUUUAGUAUAUGAUGUAUGUCACAUCCUUAUUGUGCUAUUCUCCACCAUUUGCUGUAUACUCUUGUUGUUUGUAACUUAAGUGGAACGGGUCAGAAUGUGUCACAGCUCCUCUACAGGCUGCUUCACUGCUUUUGCCAGUGAUUCUUCUGUUAAAAAAAAUGAUAAAGUAAUCUGGGGUUCACAUCUAAAACCAAUUGGCAAUGGAUGGAGUGGCCCAAACCCUUAUAAACCUAUAGGCAAAGUCCCAUUUUUCUCAUGUGGGAUCUGUAUAUUCUUAACACAUUCCCGCAAGUGUGGCGAAUUUUCAAGCCAUACACGUGGAAAACUUAUAUUGGGUGACAUGGAGUUCGUGUGGCCGCGAGGCAUGCACAGUGUGAUAAUCCGCUCUGAUACCAUGUUAAACAGCGACAAACGUAUCUUGUGGCCCACCAUUGUACCGAUAUUGUCCCAACUUAACUACCCGUUAAGUGUUUGCUUUUAAUCACAAAAGGUCUCGGUACAAUUGAGUGUGAUUCACCCACUUAUAAGUUAUAUUUUAUUUGUCACUUUCCUAAUGUGAGAUCUUUGCUCUUCAACAUAAUCAGUGUUUUCAUAAAAUUUGUGGAUUCAUUUUCUUUUGGUUUAUUGGUCUCGGACCAACAUCACAUAUGCUCUCAAGGUGCAUUAAGAUGUUUAAUUAUGUAUUUAGCUAAGACUCCCCCAGUGGCGGAAGCAAGUGGUAGGCUCUAUGGGCUGCAGCUUAAACAAUAUUUUUGGGCCAAAAACCCCUAAGUAUAUGUGUGUGUGUGUGUGUGUGUGUGUGUGUGUGUGUGUGUGUGUGUGUGUGUGUGUGUAUAUAUAUAUAUAUACCUUCAGCCCAUCUAGCCCAAAGAAAAAAAAUUAUCUGUAGGUCACAUACUCCCACAGCAGCUCACUACUCAGUAGGUAAGUGACUAGCACUGCUUGAUUAGUUGAAGUCCGAUUUAGGGAUCCCAACUUCACAGGUACAGAUACUCUUAUCUUUAUCUUUAAUUCUUGCCUAUUUGGGGAAAUCACAUGAAUGUACUCUAAAUUUUUAUUUGUGCGUUUCGAUGAAGGUUAGUGACUGACUUGCUGGUGGUUGCUGGCUUGCUGCUGCAUGGGAUAGUUUGAUUUGGAGAAUUGGAGUUGCUGCUGUGAUUCUGGGUAUUGAGUUUCUUGACUUUUUUUAUUCUUGCCGACUUGACUACUUAUGUUUUGAAUUCCUUCGUAUAUCUCUGUGGCUUUGUGCUCUUCUUAUUUGUUCUAUCAUUGUCUGUACAUUAAUCAAGCUAAGCCUUUGCCCUAGGUCCCAAAAUUAAAUUAUGAAACCCCUGUACUCUGGACCCUAGACAUGUAAUUUACAGAGAGCUGUGUAAAGCCAAGCUACCACCAGCUGUUCUUUUUCAAUUUUUAUAUGCCUUGCUGCUCAACCGACUUCACACUUCCUUUCUAAGCAAGAUGGGAGAAAAUAGCUCUUGUUGUGAAUGAUAAUGACUAUUCAUGCAAUAGGUAUUGCUUAAUGUAUGCGAUUGACAGACUCGUAAUA